AUGUUAAUAUACGAGAAUCCAAAGCUUACACCUCAAUUCCUAGCACCGCCUUCUUUAUUGACGUUGCCCAGUAACGCCACUAGUAUAAGAACUGACAUAAGCGACUCAUUUCACUGCGAAGGAAGAGACUAUGGAUACUAUGCUGACGUAGAAAACGACUGCCAACUAUUCCAUGUGUGCUUGCCGGUUACGUACUCAGAUGGAAGAAAUCAAACUUUCAGGUGGAGUUUUAUCUGUCCGGAGGAAACAGUUUUCAACCAGGAAAUGUUUACAUGCACCAGAGCGGACGAAGCCAUUGAUUGUGCAGAAUCACCUCGGUUUUACGAGUUGAACAGAAACUUCGGCAGCGAAGAAAUUAUAGGAGAAGUCAUAGAUUCUGUUGUACCUUCGACACCAGAACCACACUACCUUGAAGAAGCUACCGCCCUACCAGACGUUCCUCAAGGUCUUGGCCGAAACCUUUCCAGAAGAGGGGGAAAUAAGCCAGAUCCAAAAAAACAAUAG